CCCACGAGCAAACUUUUCUCACAUUUCACAUUAGCAAUGCAAAAAAUAGAGGAAGGUUCUUUUUUUCAGAGCAAAAUAAGAGAUAUAUAUUGAGUUAAACACCGCACCCUCCAUUGCAGAGAAAGCCACACUAUGGGUCGGGAAGACGAUGACGAGGGUAGAAAAUUUGCUGUCAGCCGCAAGAUCAUGCUCGCUGCAAUCGCCUCUUUACUUGGAGUUGUCAUGCUCAUAAUCUUGCUCCAUAUAUAUGCAAGGUAUCUUUUGAGACGCCAAGAAAGGAGACGCCGUGCAGCCCUUAUUUAUUCCCAGAGAACUCAAGUUACACCGAUUGAUGAAAUUAGUGCUAACAACGAGCCACCCAAGUCAUCAGGGCUCGACCCUUUGGUCAUAGCCUCGUUGCCGACGUUCACUUACAAGCUAACAGCCACUAGCCAGAUCGAUGAUCAUGAUGAGCCCACAGAGUGCUCGGUUUGCUUGGGAACCAUCACGGACGAGUCGACAGUCAGGCUUUUACCAAAUUGUAAGCACAUGUUUCAUGUGGAGUGUAUAGAUACGUGGCUUGGCUCACACACAACUUGCCCCAUAUGUCGCACCGUGGCUGAGCCAACGGUCCAGCCGGAGGACAUGGAGUCGGGCACCAGGGUGCAACCCACGGCACCCCCUGUAGAGGAAAACGCGUUCCAUGGUGCGGCCCAAGUGGAAAAGGAAGGUGAACCAUCAUCGUCAUCAUCAUCAGGGUCACGAUUUGGUUCCUUUAGAAGGAUGCUUGGUAGGGAUCGAUCGUCAAGUAGGAUUACUCAUAGUUGUGGAGAUGAAGUUGGCACUCAAGAUUUAGAGAGGCAAUGAUCGGAAAAAUCAUUUUAUAAUUUUUCUUGAAAAUAUUGUCUGUGUUUUUUUUUUGGUAUUUAAUUAUUAAUUCUAUAUUUAACUAUGUAAUUUGCACUCAUCAUCAGUAUUUUGAGGGAUUAAUUUUGUUA